AUGAUGAAAGGCUGGGUCGCUGUCUUAGGUAUUUUGGCCGUCUCAGCUACUUGUUUCACCCCACUCGGUGCGCAAAACACAACUAGCAUCGGGAGUUUCCUGAGGUCGUUCAUAAACCGGGACUCUAUCGCUGGAGUCCUGAAUAGUAUCCAAAUUAGAAAUCUCCCACCCCAACUGAAAGACAUUUUCCAGAGAAUAGACACAGAUGCCAUUGCCACACAGCUGCUCAACCAAACGGAUAGGAUUUUUGCGGAGCUGGACCGCAGUGAUUUCACCCUGUCCAACCUGGCCGCCUUACCCGCGGCACUUGGGCAAAUCUUCGUUCCCGCUGGAAACAAUAGCAACGCUGCCCAGAACGCGAGCGUCGAGAACUUUUUACAGAACAUAUUUGGGGCACAAGGGGUAAACAUCGACACCUACCGACCUCUGAUGCAGGAAGCGCUGCCUUUGCUCCUGGAUCAGGUCCCCGGCAUGCAGCUCGUCCAGGGCCAGUGCAAGAAAGACAUUGGCUUGUUCCUUGAGGGUCUGCUUACUGGACAGGCGUGGGCUAUGAACAUGUUUGACUCGUAUGGUAAGCCACCUGCUGGGAUAUUGUACGGAAACAUCAGGUGGCUUGGACAGUACGAUGAAUGUAUGCGAGUGGAGGCCAACAUUCCAAAGGUUGGCUUGCAGAAAAUCGACCAGCACUUCAAGGGGGAGUAUUGCAAAGCUUAUAUCAAAUUUCCAAGCGGAGCGGCUCCAGGAGCUGGAGGGUCCCCUACUACAACUUGCAGUCAUGGACCUACAUGUUCUUUUCCCAGAGCUGUCGUCUCCGUUUUCGCGUUCUUUCUCGUGGUUGGUACUUUGAUAGAAGGUUUCGGUAUAGACAAAAUAUUAACCCCAGCAAAAAGCUUCAGUGACGGUGGGUCAGUAAUGUAUACAGUGGUGCCAAUGAAAGAAAAGAUUGGGCACAAACCAAACGGAAACGACAGUCACGUGCAAGAUGUCAACCCUAAAAUUUAUUUCUCAUCUGCGUUCAAAAAAGCGCAUUUCAUAAGUUUCACUAAAUUAACCCGUCUAUUUGUAUGCAAUGGUGAAGUGGAUGGGAACGGCGUGAGUGUUAUCGACGUGGUGGUCUCUGAAAAGACGAAAGUUGAAGAACCACAAGCUCCCGCUCUCGUCCGCCUGUUCACGGCCUUCUCUCUGUACACCACUCUCCCCAGACUACUGAGCACUCACCAAGGAAGUGCCGCCAUUACCUGCCUCAAUGGCAUCCGGGUUAUGAGCAUCGGAUGGGUUGUGCUGGGCCACACGUAUUCUUUUUCAUUUGGCAAUGUCGAUAACAUUGUCUUUGAGUUUGAGGAAACGAAGAGGUUUUCAUUCAACGCAGUGGGGAAUGCUUUAUUUUCUGUGGAUUCGUUCUUCUUAUUGAGUGGUGUCCUUGCGGCGUAUCUGUUUCUGAGACAACUUCGCAGAGAAAACGGCAUCAGACCGAAGACCAUGAUCAUGUAUUACGUACACAGAAUUAUCCGGCUGUCCCCUCUGUAUUAUAUGCUGACGUUUAUCUAUGCUACACUGACCAUAUACAUGGGAAGUGGGCCGAUGUGGAACGGUAAACUCCACGAUGGUGAAUUCUGUGCCAACAACUGGUGGACUAACCUCCUGUAUUUGAACAACGUUAUCAAUAAUAAAGAACAGUGUUUCGACCUGAGUUGGUACAUUGCAAAUGAUUUCCAGUUUUACGUGGUUGCUCCAUUAUUCUUAAUCCCACUGUAUUUGAAGCCAAUGAUCGGAGUUCUGCUCUUGCUGUUGGGUAUAGUGGCAUGCGGCCUGGCGGCGGCAUUCACAUUGGUCGGAAUGGAAGGAGACAUGCACCUGUUUGGCAACCCAGAUUUCUUCGCCGACUAUUACAUUCUGCCCUGGUGCCGUAUUAGCCCUUACUUGGUCGGCCUCAUGGUGGGAUACAUACUGUACAAGACAAAUCUUAAGAUUAAAUUCAAUAAGUUCCUCGCUGCCCUGUGUUGGCUGGUGUCGCUAGGUGUCAUCUUCAUGUUGACCUACGUCAGACACGACGAGGAUCAGAAUGGUCCCUGGGAGAAAGACGCCGCCAUCGCCUACGAGGUGAUCAGCAGGCCGCUCUGGGCGCUUGCCUUGGGCUGGGUCGUUAUAGCCUGCGCCACGGGAUAUGGCGGAUUUAUCAACACUAUCCUGUCCUAUCCGGCCUGGGUUCCACUGGGGCGGCUUACCUUUGCUGUGUAUUUUGUACACUUCUUCAUUAUCACAAUAUACCAGAGUACUCGUAUUAAGGAUAUCACCAUCUCUGACUUUACAGUGGCUAUCCUGUUUACGGCCUACAUCACGCUGGCGUACGCAGCAGCCCUGGUGGCCUCUCUGCUCUUUGAAGCGCCGAUACUCGGCCUGGAGAAAAUGAUCCUGAGAAAGUAGUCCCUUCGACACGAGGCAAAAACGGAUUUUGAUAAAACUGUUGUUCUUCUGUUUAAUUUUUCUCAGAUCUUUUUUUAUCUUGGUUGCACGUAAUGAAGAUCUGGUGAAGUACAUGUAUGUGUCGGCACUUGUCCACCGUUAUCUGUUUGGAAUAUAGACAUUAGAAAUCAGGCUUAGAAAAACAUAU